UAACCAACUGCACGAAGAUCUAUUCAGUGGAAAACAAAGCCAAGAGGUCAUUUUAUCUCAAGUCGGCCAAUCAGUGAGCCAGGCUCAGGGCCAGCUAGAAGCUGUUGAUGUCUAUAAUACUGCGAAUAUUUUUGGUUUACUCGAUGCGAGUAAACCAAACUCCACGGCGAUGGGUGCAAAUUUAGUAAGCGUCUGUAAUGAGAUGAUGAAAAUUAAUGAGACUGUGCUAAGACUAUCAGCAAGACUCAAUGCAACCAACGUGUUGCUGGAUAACUUUGAACAGAACAUGGAUGCACUCUCUGAAUAUUUAGUGCACGAUGAGAGCUGUGGCAAAGUGAUUGAAGAAGCAGCAAGAGAAUCGGCUGAGGCUGGUGUUAAAUUGAUUAACAAAGCGGAUAUUGGGGUGCAGGCGCUGAUAAGCAGCAAACUUAGCGUAUUCUAUGUGAAUCCCGAGUGCAACAACAUCACCGGAAUGGCUAUUUAUUCGGAUGCAAGUCCUGAUCACACCUCAUCUAGUGGCAAGCUCUCGUAUCGCUUUCUUUAUGCUAACGAGAGUGCGGAGAGAUUGAAGAGAGAGCCACGACUGGAGACAGCAGCUUACAUGCCAGGACAUCUUUGGAGACAACUACGACACAAAGGUGCAUCCUACUUUGUGCUCAAGGUGUUUGCCAACGAUGCGCUCUUUGUGGAGACCUCGAUGCAAAGCAGGCCAAGGCCAGAUGUUAAAGUGUUAUCCAUCACCAUACCAGGAUACGAUGAUAAAUUGCCAAAUCCUGUGCAGUUCUUGCUUCGCAAACCGAAGCAAGUGGGCGUGGUCUGCGCCUACUGGAAUUAUACGACGUGGAAUGAGAGUGGCAUCACAACUGGCAGCAAUAUGUUUGACGACAUUGUGCUGUGCGAAACCGAUCAUCUGACGCAUUUCUCUGUUCUGCUAGGCGUCGACUUGCCAGAGCCACACAAACCAAUUUUGAGCGUAUUGACAUAUUUAGGCUGUGGCCUUUCGCUAUUUGGCAUGCUGGGCAUCUUUCUCACUGCAAUGCUGGUCAGCAAGUGGCGAGAGCAAGCAUCUACAAAGGUUCUACUCCAUCUCUGCCUGGCCCUGUCUCUGCAAUUGUCACUAUUUCUGUACUUUACCAGCGGUCAUUGGUCCACCCAAGAGAACGGGAUUGGAUGCUUGAUUUCGGGAGCAGUAUUGCAGUACUCUGUGUUGGUCGUCUUUAGCUGGAUGCUCAUUAUAUCGAUGCUGCAGUUCCAACGUUAUGUUACAGUACUGGGAGUGGAUCGACCACAUCAUUAUAUUCUCAUCUCUGCGAUUGUGGCCUGGUCUCUGCCGUUGGUCCCCACGCUUCUGAUCGUGUUUCUAGAUCGAACAUCAUACAAGCUUACACAGGACGCCUUUUGCUAUCCCACCGGCAAUGGCUUGCUCCUGGGAGUGGUAUUGCCCAUUGCUCUGGUGACCAUUGCCAAUGCUUUCAUGAUGAUUCGCAUCGUUUACAGCGUCAAUCAGGCGUUGAGAUCCCGACGCAAACUUAUUUUCCAGCAGAUGCGACUUUUUGUGCUGCUCUUCUUUUUGCUUGGCAUCACUUGGAUUUUCGGUGUCAGCAGCUAUAUAUUUUCAAAACUCAUUAUAUUUUCAUAUCUCUUCUGUAUAACAGCCACUUUGCAGGGCUUGGUGCUAUUUUUGUACUUUGUGAUUUUUAAUGCAACACAUAGACAAGCUUGGCUAAAAUUCAUCUGCCCCAAGCUGGUGAAAGUGGAUGCACCGAAAGACAAAACGCAGAUACAGUCAACCACAUUUUCAAUAAGCUCCUCCAAAAAAAAUGCCGUAAAAGUUAAUUAAUAGUUUUAAGUAUUCAUAAAUAAAUAAUUUGUAUCGA